UUUUACAAUAACUUCAAAACUACAAAAAAUGACGGUUUUCAAUGUGUGACUGGAUGAACAGAAACAUUUUGUUUAUUCAAACGUCACUUAGAUGCUUUCUUUGCUACAACGCACAUAAGCGCCGCGAUGAGCCACCGCGCGGAAUUGUUGAUAAAAAAGAGAUAACGGAAACAUUUAUUACAUACCCUGAGGGGAAUAUCAUUGAGCUUUUGAAAAUAUACUCAGUUUUCCGGGGACUUUGUUUCUCCUGAAAAUGGCUGAGAGACCAGAGGAUCUGAACCUCCCUGCUGCUGUGGUGACGCGCCUCAUGAAGGAUGCUCUACCAGAGGGCUGCAAUGUGUCCAAGGAGGCACGCCAAGCUGUCUGUCGAGCUGCCUCAGUUUUUGUACUCUACCUCACCUCACAGUCAAAUGCAUUGGCCCAGCAGAGUAAGAGGAAAACUGUGAAUGGAGCUGACGUGAUAGCCGCCCUCACAGACAUGGAGUUUGAUGAGUUCUGUGACCCUCUCAAGGAGGCUCUGGAAGACCACAAGUCGCGGCAAAAGAACAAGAAGCUCUCCAAGAAGCGGAAGGCGGACGAUUCAGAGGAGACGCCGGUCGCCGAGGAGACGGAGGAACCGGAGCAACAGGCCGAGGGAGGCGAUUAGUGCCCGUUUAUUUUAUGCCCCAUACGCACACGAUCACUCUGUAUAUAUCCACCGAUUUCGUCAAUCCGUGUACAAAUAAACAUGUUCAACUGUCUGCUCAGUUGAAAACAA